AUGGGAAGCCGCUCGUUCUCACUGUCGCUCGCGUUUGUUUUCCUUGUGCAGAGCUCGAGUUCAUUCUCUCACAUGAAACAUUAUGAGAUUGUGAGACCUCAGAAACUUCAGCUCAGGACAAAGAGAAGCUUUUCUGACAGACAGGACUUUCCAGAUGUAGUGCAAUAUCGUCUGGCAAUUGAAGGACAAAAUCACACAAUACAUCUGGAAAAAAACAGAAACCUUAUCAGCAGAAACUUCUCUGAAACACAUUACACUGAAGAUGGAAAACGGGUGACGACUUCCACACAUGAGGAGCACUGCUAUUAUCACGGCCGCAUCGAGGGGCUGCAGGACUCCUCUGUGAGCGUGGGCGUGUGCUCAGGACUCAGUGGUUUUGUGAGAGCGCAGCAGCAGUUGUAUCUGAUCGAACCCUUGGGAGAGUCGGAUGAGGGCGACCACGCCGUUUACCGCCACAACGACUCACCCAACAACAACGGCUCAGAGCUGUACGACGUGGACCAGGAGCCGGGACCCGAGCCGGGACCCGAGCCGGCCGCACUCUUCCGCUCCAAGUCCUGGAAAUCCAAGCCGAGCUCCGAAUCUGAGCGCUUUGUUGAGCUGUAUGUGGUUGUGGACAAAGCUGAGUACCUUCGCUACGGCAGCCAAACCAAGUCUCGCAUCCUCCAUGUUGUGAAUCACGUUGACAAGGUUUAUCGAUCCAUAAACACGCGCAUUGUCCUGGUGGGGCUGGAGAUUUGGACAAAUGAAAACUUGAUGGAUGUUGAUGAGAAUUCUGAAAUCACUCUGGACCAUUUCCUCAUGUGGCGACAAAGCGACCUGCUGAAGAGGGUGAAGCACGACAACGCACAGUUUGUGACAGGGAUAGACUUCGAAGGCAAUACCGUCGGACUGGCCAACAAGUUUGCCAUGUGCACCGAAAACUCAGGAGGAGUGAAUCAGGACCACCACAGAGACCCCAUCGGCCUGGCCUCCACCAUCGCUCACGAGAUGGGGCACAGCUUCGGCCUGUCGCACGACGGUCCCGGCUGCGUGUGUGGUCCUUCUCUGAGCACCAACUGCGUGAUGACCGACAAGCUCAGGACAGGAAGUCAGUCGUUCCCGGAGUUGUUCAGCAGCUGCAGCGAGGGGCAGCUGGCCGAGUUUCUGGUCCGGGCGCGUCCCAACUGCUUACACAAACCAUCCCUCUCCCAGAGCAUCGAGACGGGCCCACGCUGCGGCAACGCCCUCCUGGACCCCGGGGAGGAGUGCGACUGUGGGACACUGGAGGAAUGUAAGAAUCCGUGUUGUGACCCUCUGAGGUGCCGCCUCACGCUCGGCUCCCAGUGCGCUCAAGGACGGUGCUGCGAGAACUGCCAGUUCAGAGCCGCGGGGACGGUCUGCAGGAGGGCGGGCGGAGAGUGUGACCUGCCCGAGUUCUGCUCUGGAACAUCUGAGGUUUGUCCCGACGACAGUUUUGUGAUGAACGGAAAACCCUGCUACGACCAGAGCCCCGGAUACUGCUUCAACGGAGCCUGCCCCACGCACCAGCAGCACUGCUGGAGGCUGUUCGGCAGAGGUGCGAAGGUUGCACACGACGCCUGUUUUGAUCUGAACAGACAGGGGCAGGAGGGGGCCAACUGUGGCAUGGACGCAGACAGAUACGUCGCUUGUUCCUCAAAUAAUCUGAAAUGUGGAUCUAUAUUUUGUGAAGAUGGCGGCGACUCCAUCACGGGGAAGAGGGCGGUGUUCACUGUGCGCUACUUAAUUAAAUGCAAUAUUGCUGUGGAUGAUGACAAGUCCAGAAAUAUCGACAUGGUCCCAAAUGGCACCAAGUGUGGAUCUAAUAAGGUUUGCCUGGAUAACCAAUGCCAGGAUAUAGCCGUUUAUGGCACUGCUGAUGAUUGCUCUAAGAAAUGUAACGACCACGGGGUUUGUAAUCACAAAAGAGAGUGCCACUGUGACCCAGGCUGGGCUCCUCCACACUGCAACAUUCAAUUUGCAGAUUUGCCUCAAGGUCAGACGGCUGUGAUCGCAGGACUGUGCACCGCAGUGUUCAUCAUCCUCUUCAUCACGGCUCUGGUCACAGGCCUCAUCUGCUGCAAAAGAGACAGCUCCAGAGACUAUAUCUCCAAGAACAAGAGGAAAGUGCACUCAGCUCUGGAGAAGCAGAACCCCAUGUUCGACAAAGCCAGUCUCAAACCCAGACCUGAGAUCAGCCAUCCCACUCUGAUGGAGUCGACGGCGGCUCAGGUCUGCUCCCCUCUGUGCGUGUCCGUGGCUCCGAGUCGACCUGCGCCCAUGCCUCCAGAGCCUCCGACCUCCCACAACGAGACGACCAAACCUGUACCUCCAGCAAAGCCAUUGCCUCCUUUGAGUAAAACAGAGUUCAAACCAAAGCCAAGUCCUCCUCCAGUUCCUCCGGGAAAACCUCAACCUCCAGUUGCUCAAAAGAAGCCAAAUAAAAGCAGUGACCGCCUCGUUGCAGCUCAAGACCCAGGCUUUUUGAGGGAAAAGUGA